ACCCAUUGGUUUCCUGGGGCAGUGCAGCAGUUUAGUGUUAACCCAGAGCAGAAGACAGCAGAAGACAGAGCAGGAGACAGCAGAGUGCCCAAGUUGUGGGCUGUGGCUCACUAAUGCCAGUUCCCAGUUACUUCUGGGAGGGCACACUGGUUGAAUCUCUGCUUGCUGAAUGUCAGCAGCCCAAAAACUUGCCGACUUCAUCUUCCAGGGAUUUGACAAAAACAGUUCUUCAGAGAUCCCUUUUACAGUAGAUAAAGAAGUGAAGCCCCUUGCUAAGUUUGAGCAGCUUGGUUGUUUGGUGGUUUGCGUAAGGCAAGAUUGCCAACUGACAUGCCUCGAGUUGGAGCGAUACCUUCAGACUGAGCCGCGGAAGAUCUCUGAGAGCUUUGGUGAGGACUUGGACUGCUUCCUUCAUGCCUCCUCAGCUCCAGAUGCAGAGGACAGUAUCCGACGGCUGGACCCCAUUCUUUUACCAGUGGAGACCAGUAUGUGUGACAAAAGCGCCAACAUGGACAUUAUCCUCUCACGGGACAAGCUGCUGUCUGAGACAUGCCUCAGCUUGCAGUCCACCAGCUCUUCCACAGAAAGCUACACGGCUGUCAACCAGGCCCAACUCAAUGCAGUAACCUCAUUAACACCCCCUUCCUCUCCGGAGCUCAGCCGCCACCUCGUUAAAACCUCACAGACUCUCUCAGCGGUGGAUGGCACGGUGACUUUGAAAUUGGUGGCCAAGAAAUCUUCCCUGAGCUCCAUGAAAGUGAGUGUAGCAGCAGCAACCACGGGGACGAUAAAGAGCGGGCAAAGUGACAGUGAACAAGGAGGACCAGGGGUGGAAGCGUCCCCGGAAAACAAGAAGAGGGUUCAUCGCUGUCAAUUUAAUGGGUGCCGGAAGGUUUAUACAAAGAGCUCCCACUUAAAGGCUCACCAGAGGACUCAUACAGGUGAGAAGCCUUACAAGUGCUCGUGGGAAGGGUGCGAGUGGCGUUUUGCACGGAGCGACGAGCUCACAAGGCAUUACAGAAAGCACACGGGUGCAAAGCCCUUUAAAUGCAACCAUUGUGACAGGUGUUUUUCCAGAUCUGAUCACCUUGCCCUCCACAUGAAGAGACACAUCUAAAUAUCGGUCAGCUUGGCAUGGAUGACAUCUGAGCUAAAUGUUGUGAGAUGAGAGUGGAACUCAAGUUAUAAUGUGCUGCCUUGCAGGAGAAGAGAACUCGAUCACAUGUAACCCUCUGUACAGAGACCACACGCUCACACUGUCAUACACCCAGUUAUACUUCAGUACAUCCAUCGGUUCUUUAUGCCUUGCCCCAGCUGGAUGGGAAAAGAUGCAGGCGAGGAAGUGCUAUAGAGGUGAAUUCAAUGAGAAGGAACAAUUGCUUUCAGAACUUCGUCUCUCUUGGAUUUGUUUCCUGGGUUUGCCAAUGGAAAACAAAGGAAAUGGAGGAGGCUUCCCUGCAGGUGGACAGCAGUAGGAGGGGCUUAUUUAACUUGCUUCUCAGUGCAACUCAAUAGGAGAAAAUGUCGUCUUGAAGUUGCAUAUUUGUAGCACUAACUUUCUUUUUAAAUAGAUGGGGGGAAAACAAUGACCUAGAAAACCAAAUCCCAGUUUGGUAGCCAAAUUAACCUCUUGGUUCAUUUGUUCUUUGUCUGAGGAUUCCUAAUGAUCAGUGCGUCAGACUUCUCACAGACACGUUGACCUGUCUUGGUUUUGGUUCUUCUUCCUAGAACUGAGCUAUUGAGAUCCUUUUAAGUCAAUACCAGUGGCCUUAAUGGCAGUAGACUGUGGAGUGACACUUGUUACACAAAUACCCUCUCUUUGGCCUGAGUUUAUGUAGACUUCACGGAGGACUAUAUUUUUUUGGUUGUUUUUGUUUUAAUUUUUGUUUUGGCUAUUGCACAACAUAUGCACUAGGGACUCUGGAAGCUGCUGCCAUGAUGGCUAAGUGGCCAAGGGAUAAACCCUGAGAAACAGCACCUAAUAUCUCUGUAGGCCUCACCUUACUGCCAUAGCUAGGACUUCUUGUUUAUUUGUUGAAUGAAAACUUUAAAAGCUUAUUUGGAAGCUUAAACCUUUUUUUCUCUUUUCUCUGCGAACAAGUGAUCUUCAGAACUCCUUGUCUUCACCUGGAUAUCGGUCUGGGACUGGCCACACAGGCAUGACUACAGGAUUCCUUCCACAUCAUGUGAGCAUGUUAGCCACAACUCACAGUGACUUAGCGAUGAAUUAUGUUGCUUUUUCUUGCUAUUCUUCUAAUAACCAAUUUAAAACAUUAGACUUUUGUUUGGGUAAAGAGCACCUGCAGACAUUUUACUUUAAACUUGAUGUUUUUCGAACAUCUUGCACACAUACACACACACAAACAAGCAAAAAAUCCUGCUCCAGUCUCUGAGUGGGAAAUAGAGAACUUCUUCCAAGUACAAUGGCUUCAUUCAGCAUUAGCCUUUUAAAGAAAUUAUGAAAGUCCUCCUUUUCCAUUCAACAAGUUGAUGCUGUAGCCUGCUCCUAUGUGUAACAGUGUGAACAGUGAUGGAAGGGUUGGGUUUUAUGUACAGCAAUGAGACUUUUCUGAAUGAUUGAUCUAAAGUACUAAUAAUCUUGAGGUCCAUUUUGGCCUACUGUGUGAACCAUCAAGGAGAAGUGAAGGUCUCAUACUCACCCUUCAGUCCUGUUGAUAAUUUGAUCUUGUUGGGCUCAAAGUGGAUUAAAGUCUUCAUUACAAAAGAAAAAAAAAAAGCAUUGUACAAUAACUCAUGUUUGAAACUAUUUGGCGCUGGCCCUGACUCCAAAGACUGCAUUUAGGACCAUAAAGAUGUCUUGUGUAAGCAGGCGUGUGGUCAUUAGAUUGUAUACUUUGUAUGUUCUGGGACCAUCCCUACAAGAUGUGUCUAGAAAUUAAACAAAAUGGCACAUGGUCCACAAAUGGUUGCUGCUCUUUUAUACUGUAUUAGCCAGCUGCCCUUCUUUGACUGUUUUGACACAUUGACUGUUAAAUAUUUCCCUUAAUUCAUGUUUUGGGAGUUGAAACUGUACUCUUGGGGAAAAAGAACAAACAAGAAACUCAAUAGAUGUUUAAGAGCUGUCACCGGUAUCCUUGGCACUUGAAUUCCAGAAUUUUGCAACCUUUGGUUCCAGUGAGAGAUUGAAUUUACUCAAAAGAUGCUGGUUUUCUCACAGUUCUUGCAAAGCACUGUGACUGUCAACUGAACACUUUUGGGACGGGGGAAAAUACAAUGUCUGGCCCAUAUGGCAUGAAAUAUGGACCAAAAUCUAACCAUCUUUUAGGGGCAAUGACGCAACAUUCAUCAUAAGAGAGGAAGAGAGAGAGAGAGAGAGAGAGAGAGCAAGAGCGAGUGUGAAGAAAAGUAGAAAGAGAGAAAGACAGAAAACUGAGUUUAUUCCAAAGAUUUAAAACUAACCAUACUAUAUAUACAUAGGUGGAGCACUGCUUGCUGACAAUCUCGUAUUUCUCUGCUUCUGUGUUUGCAUACUUUUUAUGACCAUUCCAUCCAGCUGUUCUACUGGGACUGAGGGCCCUUGAAUCCAAUUUGUAUUGGAAUAUAUGGAGCAUCCUGCCAGAUGUCUAAUAGGAACUGAAACCUCAGCUGUGUGAAACUGUAGAACAUCCAGUCAGUGCAUUAAAUUAGAAAAAGGAUAACAGAAUCCUAGAAUUUAAUUACUGUAGCAUCCUAAAGUAUGUGCUCUCAGACUCACUGCUAUGGUACUCAUUAGCUGUGAACUUGCAUAAAUAUCCUUCUUUGACCUCUGAACACACCUGCCACCUGCCUUUAGACAUGCUAACAGUAGUCUACAAAUCAUAGUUAUUAAGUGUCAGUUUAACUACCAGUUAUUCCAGUUUUCAUUUGUGGUCUUGUGGAUGUCUCAUUUAAAUAUGGCAGAACAAGGGCCCCAUGGAAAAAAAAAAACAUGCUGAAAUAUCUGAUUAUUUUGUUCUGGAGACAGGCUUACAUUUAAAUCCUGUGCCUAUAUAGCUACACAAACAUAGAAGAAAAGAGGAUAAGAGACUUAACCAGAUUUUAGACUUAACAGGCUCUUUCUGUUGCAGGUCUUGAACUCUGAAGCCAAAUUUUGGGCUUUGGGACCAUCUUUUCUGUUUCUUACGGGAGGUGUUUUUCACCUGUAUGUGUUGUGUACUCUGUCAGUCUCUGCACUUCAAUUUUUGGGUCCUCAUUUGCAAGUGUCUUAAUCAUUACUAAAAUUUCAAACCUUAGCUUGUAUUUUGUAGGAGUCUCUGUUUUGGAAAGGCACAUUUUGGGAGUCAUUUUUUACAAUGACAGCUUUUCUUUCCUUGCAGAUAUUUCAAGCUGUGCACUUCAAACCUGAGUAAUGCGUUAUAGCUAGCUCCUUUUUGGGCCUGUAUCUCCUUGCUUAAAGUUGUAUAGAUAUCCUCUAUUUAUAAAUGAUGAGUAGAAAUAGGCUAAUAAGGAAAGGCAAAUCCUUUCUAUAAGUCUUCUUUGGAAGCAAAACCAUAAAUAGAUGUUUUGGUAACAGCUGAGAACAAAGUUAUCAAACUCUAGAAACGAGAAGCUUACAAUUGUUUCCUUCAUUCUAGAUUUAUACCUGUUUACAGAACAGAAGCCAGAUAUUUCUGGCUUUUCUGAACAAAUUCAAAUGUGGUUUCCAAGGCCAUGGAACUGUAGAAUGAGAACAAAUUGAGACAAAUAUCCCGGAAAAUAGUGUGCAUGGAGGAAACAACUAAAGGAAAUGUCGCUUUUUGUGAAUAGUAAAUAGUAUUUUGGAGCAGAGCACAGAGUCAGUCAUAGGAGAAUGCAGGUGGGAGGGGAGCUCCAGAGGCCAUCUCAGCCAACCUUUAACUAGAGCUGGUUGCUCAGGGCUGUGUCCCGUCAAUUUUUCAGUGCUACCAAGGAUGGAAAUUCUGCAGCUACUCUGUAUAAGCUGGUCUGGUAUUCGACCACUUAAAUGGUUAAAAAAAACCCACAAAAGAUAAAUCUGUAUGUCAAGUAGGAAUUUCCCAUGCUCCAGCUUGUGUUUGCUGCCUCUUCCACUAUGCACUGCUAUGAAGGGUCUGGCUUCAUCUUCUCCACAAUCUCCAUAAGGUAUUUGCAGACAGCAAUAAGAUCUACACUUUUCCUAAGAUUUAACUGUGUUCCACAACCUCUCUUCAACUGUCAUGUGCUCUGGCCCCUGGUCUCCUCGGUGGAGCUCUGCUAGACUUGCUCCAGUAUGUCAACAGUGUUCCUGUAAGGUGGAGACCAAAACUGGACAGAAAAUUUUGGAUAGAGAUGUACUUUAUAUGUUACAGUGUUGAAAACUCAUUUAGGAAGUACCAGUAUCAAGAUUUUUCUAAUCAGAUUUACUGAUUUUAUAAAUUAUGUUUAUGGAAAUACAUUUUUUAUACUGCCAACCUGAGGCCUGGCAAACAAAAUUCUGUCUUUUCUGUCACAGUCAUCACUUUUUUACCUUAAACUGAAAAAAUGUUAUCACUCAUAUCAAACAUGGAGACACAUGUUGUAUUUUAGUCACUUUUUAGAACAAAACAACACUUCAGUGCAUCUUUGCUCUGCUGUUUUUCCCCCUCAGGAGAAAAGUAACCUAAAAGAUCAUAGGUAUUUUAUAAGGAAUAGUUUAACAGGUUUCUAGAGUCAAUUAUUUUUUGUUGUCUCAGAAUUUCUCUCUUUCAAGAGCCAGUACUCAGUCUAGAAAAUUAUUUCACCUGGAUAGACUAGGCAAAGAAACAAAAGAAAUCUUAUUUCCAGGACUGAAAUCCCACAUUUAUUCAGUGUCUUGGACAAGGCCCUGAGCAGUCUGAUUUAACUGAACUGAAUUGUUUUUUAAGUUGAGGGUAGGAUUAGGUAACCUCCAGAGGUACCUUCCAACAUUAAUAUUUCUGUGUUUCUGUAAUUCAUAUCAGAGCUCUCUCUGAUUAAAUGCGUGCUGGUUCUAGUUCUUCCCUGUCUUGCACUGGCAGAACAGACUGUAGAAUGGGCCUGUAGGAUUUUUCUCAAACUCUGAUAGUUUCAUCCUUCUUCACGAAGGAUUCAUGUUUCAUGUUUCUUCACGAGAAAAUCUUGAAGCAAAAAUAAAAACAGUUUAGCAAAGCAGUUUGAAGGAAUAUCUUAUCAUGAGAUGUGUCACAGCUGCAGGGACCAACCAAAGAUUGUAAAAACAAGUUUGCUAGCCUGGAAGACCCAUGAGUUGUCUCCAGAAUGAUUCCCAGUACCUGAAAUCUAAGCCAACUUAUAUUUCUAUAGCAGUGAAUCAUAAAACCUUCUUUUUCCUUUUCCAUUCUUAUUUGCCUCAGAUAUUUUGGAUUUGGGUUUACUGUAUUAUUAAAAUGGCACAUUUUCACUUAAUACCUGGAAAACACUGAUCAAACACAGACCAGACAGAAGAACUGAUGCAAGAAGAGCCUCCAGUCCCUUGCUUUUUGGAACCGUUUUACCUUCUGGUCUGAAAAGGGUAAUCACAAGGAUUGUGGCUAAAAUAGAGUUCAAUAAUUGCAGUGAUUGGGUGUAUUUUAUCUGUGACCUUUUUGAUAUUUACAGAAUAAGGUUUUCUUCUUCAUUUUACCUGGCUUUAGACAAUUUGGGCUUUUUUAGCCAUCUCUAACACAAAGGUUGUUCCUCCUGUUUAACAUACUUCAUUUGUCUGUGUACAGAAGAGGUCAUAAUUGGUGCUUUUGACAAAAUUGAUAAAGAUCCAACUAUCUUAAGGGUUUCCUUUUCUCUCUCUUUCCCUUAAGGUGUCAAAAUCUUUAAAAAAAUAAAAUUAGAGGAUAAUUUUUACAAAAUUUAUUGUUACCUGGCUAGCAUCCAGUUAAUCAAGGGCUUUUAUUCUUGAUUUUAUUCAGGACUUAGCACAUCUAGACAUUCCAUCCAGCAAGUAUGUUUUUAAGCUUUUAUAUUUCUAGGUGACACCUUUAACUCAACACUCUUUUGAAGUACUUUUUGCUGAUUUCAGAGAGAGUUGCACUUGCAAAGCUCAUCACAUAUCAAGAACAAAAACAGUGCUUGACUAACUGUGGAUUUGGCUUGAAAAAUAAAAAUUAUUUCCUCUCAAGAUUUUACACAUGCUCAUAGACAGAUCUUGCCUGUCUUUCAUUCGCAUGAAGUUUAUGCCUUAUUGAAUGACUUUUUUCCAGAUCAAGCCUGGAUAUUUUUUUUCCUUGUGUCACAUUUGCGUCUGUUUUUAUUGAUAAUUUAGAGACGAUUGCUGCAGUCUUCCUCCUCUGCAGAUCUACACUGGCUUCAACAGCAAGAUUUAGCAUAGCAAAAACUGAAGGGUCUGGCAUACUGGGUACUAAGAUCUAUCUCACAAAGCUGAGACUUUCCUCCUCCCUUAGAGGAAGAGGUCCAGGACAUACUUGUACUAUAUAAGUUAUAUAUAUAAUGGUGUAGUUGUAUAUAUAAGUUAUAUAUAUAAAAAUGUGGAGAUGGCGGGGUAGGCUGCCUUUAUCACCUCAAAAAUGAGUUUCCCUACCAGAAAACUUUCAAAUGCAGGUGUCAUUUUCAAACAGGGUUUUAUAGUUUUCCUUAAUGCUUGCUAAUGGUAUUUUUGGUGUGAUAAUUAAAGUGGAAACUCUUCACAAUUUU